AUGACAUCGAGCAUCGACAUGGACGCCGAAUUGGCGCAGCUCGUGCGCGAACAGGAGCUCUUCCUUCAGCUGCAGAAGCGUCCGUCGGCAACCGUCACACGGUGUGGCAGUGCGCCCGAGCGAGCAUCUGACGGGCACCCGAAUCCAGAGCUCGUGGAUCCCGCGCCUGGACACGACGCUGGUCAAAUGCUGAAGAAUGUCGUGGAGCGCCACGCGACGGUAUCAGUGGGUCUUAACGAGCGGUUGGUGCUCCGUGGGUUAAAUCCAAAAAACCCACUGGGGUUUCCAAGUGUCGCUCGACGGCAGGGGCUAGGGGACAAGAAGGACGAUCGUCGUGGUCGUACGAAAACCUCUCGUUUUGGGCGACGACGGCGCGCAGCGCAGCUGCAUGCGGACAAAAAGACGUCUGACACGGAGGAAAUGCGCGCAAUUGACGCGAUGAACCGCGCGCGCGUGCGGGACAUGAGCGCGCAGGAGGUGCAGGAAGCGCAGCAAGAGCUCGUGCAGACGCUGGACGCGCAACUGAUUGCCAAAUUGCGGAGUCGACGCCAAACUGUGGAAGUCAGAGCGAGCAUUCACUCGACCGAACGCGCGCGUGUGUUGACAGAAGAAGAAGAAAAAGAAGAAGCAGCAGAUGGUAAAGAUGGAGUAGAUGGAAAAGAUGGAGGAGAUGGAAAAUAUGGAGACGAUGGGGAGGAAGGCGUGACACGGGAGAUGCACACGACGCACAUGAUGCAACAGCUGGCAGCAGUCAAGACGGAUGAGGAGCUCCAGGCGCAAGUCGAGCUCUUGCCACUGGAAGAGCGUGUGAAGCUCGAAUGGACGCAGCGCCAGAGCGGGACGAUCAAAGACAGAAGACGGAGUGGACAGCAUCAAGCGCGUUGCUUUGCAGACGCGACGCUCGAGCGCUUUGACUUGGACGGGAAUCUGCUCGAAGCGACGGACGCCGAGUUGCCCGUGCAUUCCGGUUUGUUCCACCACGGCGACGACCCAGAAGCUGCGGGGUACACUGUACCGGAGCUGUUGCACCUCGCACGCAGCACUGUGGCGAGCCAGCGCGCCAUAGCGCUCCAAGUCGUGGCCAAAAUCCUACAUCGACGACAGUUGCUGGCAAACGCUUCUCUUCCUCUUGUGCCACGAACACUCCCUCGUGACAUGGCAAUGACGCUUCGAAUUGUGCUGGACGACCACAACUAUACGGUGCUAGGUGCUGCUGUGUCUGCCCUUCAUGCGUUUGUCGUUCCUGUGGAAACUGACGAUUGUCUUCUUGAGAAGCGCUUGUAUCCUGAGCUCAAGCAUGGCACCGUUGUACUGCCUCCGAGAGUUCACCUCCACCGCAACGGACAUGGCGCUCAAACGAACAUCGAGGACUGUGACUCAUACGACGCUGAAGAGGUGGUGUACAUUGACACAAGCGAGGCUGACGAUGGAUCGAGUAUCAGCGACGAGGAUAUCGCGGCUCUGGAUCCGGUCCAAGCUCUUCUUAACAUGGAAUUAGGCACGCGGCUAUGCUACGUUCUCGAUACGAUUCAGCUGCCGGAUCAGAACGUUACAGAGAAAAUGCUGGAAAUUUUGACCGCGGUAGCUCUUCAUUCUCCGCGCGCAGCUCACGAACUCAGCUCAAAUGCCAGACUAUUGAGAUUGUUGCAGCAGCAGUACAUUGAGAGCGAAGAAGUGUUGACUUUCCAAGAGGGUAACGCACGGUCGCUCAGGCUGUCGUUGAAGGCCUUACAGCUAGUGCGAGGCCUUUGUCAGGGACACCGCAGCGUAGCUUCUGCACUUCUAGCGAACGGUGUUAUCCAAAGCACGAAGGGUUUCCUAGCUCUCGAAAACAUGUCCACUGAUGAGAAUGACGAAGAAGCUGUGGCAUUGUUCGGUGAGAUGCAAGUGGAAAGCCUCCGCAUUUGGCGCACUCUCCUUGGAUACGGCCUCGAUUUUCACUGUUUUGCGUACUUAUUUCCCUUGCUAUCGGGUUUUACGUACAGCUGCUCGGGAGCGUCCAGUGCACGGAACUCGGCUCUCUUUGCUGCGCUGGAAGCCUUCUGUGGGCUCGGGGCUGUGCAUGAGGCGCAGCACUAUUUUAAUCAACUGGGCUUUUUCUUGAGCGCUGCAAAGGACGUAUUUGUUCGAAGUGUUCGUUCAUCGUCUGUACUAAAAGACCACACGGCUCUAGUCCUGCUUUCGACGGUGCUGAGGUUCCUGUCAGCUGCCAGCACUCAUGCUGUCAAGUACAACUUGGAGACCAGCGGGCUCAUGGAGGUGUUGAAGCUUGUUCAGUCACAUGAGGUAACACGAAAUCUGCUGCCUCGGCUGCACGAAACGGUCGCAAAGCGAGAUCUGCUACUGGCUAUCGUUCGUUUUCAUGGACAGAUGGUUGCCAACGGCUUAUUGCCCGACGACGUGGAUGAUGGUGAGAUUGCGCAGACAUUUUUGCGUGAAGUGAAGGCGCCUUUGCUUGCUGCAGCGACUUGCGCUGUCGCGUCAUCGUCGUCCAGAUUCAGCUUUGCUUCGAUUCAAGCGUGCGAGCUCACUUUACUAUCAGGUGAUCUCAUUGCUGCUGGUGAGAACGUCAUUGCAAACUCAGAUGUAGAGUUCGUGCAAAACGUGUACCGCCAGGCCUUGAUCCUUAUGGAGCGCGUAGGUCGCGGGGGAGAACACUUGAUUGCGCGUUUGUUCGCCCAAGUGUUGUUUCACAAGCGUGUGCUUCUGUUGCUUGGAGUCUUCUAUGAAGAAGCUGAUGCAGCACGUAUGAGUCAUGUGCUAGUUCCCAUUUAUCAGGCGUUGGUGAACGUGACGCACGAACAAGAGGAGCACCAUGCUCAUAUUUUUGCCGGUGCGUCGACGACCAAAAGGCUCUCGCAUCAUAUGCGGCUGCCCCAGAAGGAGCAGACGUUUACUCAUAGUAAUCUACCGCUACCAAACUUCUGGAUGCUGUGUCCUUUGUCACGGAUCGAGUACUGUGGCAGUGGAGAAAGCAGUCGAGGGAGUGACGUAAAUCCUACGAGAGCGCAGAGUGACGAAGUGAAGCUGGUUCUUAGUGCAACGUGUCGUUAUGUAUUUGAGCUCGAGCGACUGGCGCCACAGAUGACGUUUAUCGCUCCCAUUGCCAAAUUGCAACCGGAAGACAAGCUGUUUCACUUGCUUCACGUCUUCUUCGCUGGCAGCGACGUCCUCUUCGACAAUCACGUGGACACAGCGCUACGUCAACUACUUCCUACACUCGUUCAGCCAAUUCUGCGCCCACUAGGGGACUCGCGAGGCCUCUACAAAGGCAUCCUUCGGAAUCUCAAGCGCAUCGAAAGCCUCGAGUCGGGGAAGGUGGACGAACCGUCAAUGAGUCAACGCGCUGUUUCCUUUACGUCCGAUGAGCUGCAAGUGAUGACUUUCGUGGAGAAGCUGAUGUGCGAAUUCACAACCACGUCGUAUGGCAACUCGCAUUUUGCACAUUGUGUGACACUGCUAUUGGCACGCGAUUUCCCCCUAGAACUGCGAAGGUUUGUCUGGCAAGAGCUGCAUGAGUCCCAUUUGCUGCAUACGCUGGCGCCUUUUGAAACAUGCAGCUCAGAGCUGUUCAUGCGGUGCACCCGAGGUGGCGCAACGCUUGCCGCCGAUGCCAAGAUGCUGCAGCUCAUGCAACAGGUGGUGUGCAAGAACCAGGUGUCCCCUGCUCGGGGCGCUUUUGCUUACUCGCUUGCUAUCCACCAUCUUUUCGUCUACCUGUUCGAAGAGAGAGGCGACGGCGCACUUACUUUUGCGCGUCAGCAUGUUGCGCAGAUACUUAUUGCUGAAGCAUCUCUAGCCAUUUGGGGCCAUCUUUUGAGCUACGACGCAUCAAUGAACUCGUCGAUGCUUACCAGUGAAUACGGACAUCCGCUGCCUGAGCGUGUGGCGAAGAUUCAGACACAAGCCGCGCUUUCGUCGGACCAGCUGUCAGCGUUUGAGACGAUUGUAUCAGGACUGAAAAGCGCAAGCACCAUGGAAUGA